AUGGCCAGAUCUCGAAGCAAGUCUUUAGUCCAGUCCAUUGCGCUGGACGGACCUCAUCUCAAUGAACACGAGUCAAAUGGCUCCUCGGAAGAUGAUUCUGUUAGAGACUCGUCCCGCCCGCUGGUGGUCAGAUCGAAAUCCUUUCCAAUGUUCAACAAGCUGCCCAAAGAUCUACAUCUCCUCCAUCCCUUCACAGAAUCCGACUUCGACAAGAUAUGGGCUGGUGUUCUUGAAAAGGAACUUUUCAGUGGCUCGGUGGAGUACGACUUUGAUCGUGUAAACAGAAUCAACCAGUUGAGUCAACAUGAGGUGCAAACUUUUCUCAAGAUCUUGAAUGUCAAUUUGAGCCAAUUGAACCACUUUCAAACUGAUAUAGAUUCUUUGCUGAUCCAGUUGCAAGAUAUAAACUUGGACUAUCAGGCCAUCACUUCUAAGACCCAAAAUUUCAAUUCUAAAGCAACGGAAUUGAGUAAGAAAGAAGAGGACUUGAAUAAGAAGGCAGAGUCUGUCAGCUUAAUCUUGAAGAAUUUCGAGAACUUGGAUGAGAUCACAAAGAAGUUGUCCUCACCCAAUAACUUCAGGUUGAUAAGAUCAAAGUCCUUCAAGAAAAUUUUGGAAAAUUUGAGUAGUUCCUUGGAGUUCUUAAAUCAUAGCAACGAUAAGGUGAACAGCAUCUACUUCAAAAAUAUCGAAAUCUACAAGAUAAAGUUUAGACAGUGUAUGACAAGAUACUUGACUUUGGUAAAGGAUUAUCUCAAUAACGAGUUGAGAAAGUUGGAGAGCUUAGUAAAUUCUAAUGAAGACUUGGUAUCAAUUUCAGUAUACCAUGAAUUCGAAAGUUAUAUUGAGAAGUAUAACCAAGAGUUUUACAGUUUCCUGAACUUGAUCAAAAUAUUCAUCAUCAGAAUAGAAGAGAAGCAUGAGUUAGAGUAUAAGGGUUUGUUACUCGAAGUGUUAAACAACUUUUUCAGAAUUAGGUUGGGUUUGAUCAACUACUCUGGUAGUUUGUCCAAGAUCAACUCUACUGAACUCGUAAAGUACACUCAGGAUAAUUUAUCAGUCAUCAAGAAGCUGUUGAAUAGAGAGUUUAAACUCUUCAAGCAGCUUUUUGGGUUUGAAGAAACCCCGAUUCCUCAAUUCAUAUACUCCCAGUUAUACGACUUUUUUAAGAAUCUUAUCGACCCAUUUUAUGACGUUAUAAGACAAAGGAUACUUAAGGAAUCAAACAUAAGUUUAUUAUGUCAGUUGACAAACCUAUUACAAAACUACUAUGAGUUUGAAGAAGACUCUUAUCCAGAUUCAAACAAAGAUGAAAUAAACUUUGGAGAAGUAUUCCAACCUAUCCUUAAUGACUGUCAAUCAAGACUCAUAUUUCGGAUCCAGUUGUAUAUUGACAAUAAGCUUGUUCCAUACAAGCCGACUCCAGAAGAUUUGAACAUCGGAAACAAGAAACUGACGAAAAACACCCUUGAGGAAGAAUUCAGUGACAAUUUGUUUGAAGAUUUGUAUUUGCCAUUAGGAAAGGCCUUGACGAUACUUUCUAACAUCUACGAACUUAUAAACUCUGUGGUUUUUGACGAUAUAGCUCAUUACAUUGUCCACAGUUGUAUCGAAAUAUUGAGGACCGCUGCUGCAUUGUGUCUCAAGUAUUCAGGCAAAGUCGAUUCCAAAUUGUUCUUCUUAAAAAAUCUUAUUAUCUUAAAGUACCAGUUGAACAAUUUUGAUAUCCAGUUUGUCAGGACCGAAACAUCAUUGGAUUUCACUAGUGGUUUGAACGAAUUGUAUAAUUUGAUUAAAAAUGGAGAAAUAAUGAUCAGCUUGAAUCAAAAUGGCUGGUUUAACUUGAUCAGAAAGACAGUCCCCAAGGUCAUAAACAAUAUGAUGGAUGCCAAGUUGGAAGUUGAGUUGGAGAUCAACAAUACCAUUAAUGAAUUGUUGAUUGAGUACCUUAAUGUCGUUAUUGACCCAUUGACAGGGCCCAACACCAACGAAGAACAGGCCAUUGAAGGGUUCAAGCAAUUCAAAGUCAAUGUCAACGAGUUUAUGCCCAAGUUCAAACUCCAGAUUAUCAACUAUCUCAAUGACUCCAACAUUCUCCGAAUUCUCUUCAACAACUUUAUUGAAAUCCUCACUAACUACUAUCAAAACUACUAUAACUCCUUGCAACAUGCCAAUGUGGACUUAAACGACAUAAUGGAACCGGAGAUAUUCAACGUGUUCUUCAAUAACAUUGUGGAUGAAUUAUUAAACGACGACUCCUUGAACAAUAAUUUAAUAGAUAUCCAGCCGUUAUUGAAUUUUGAUGAGGAAUUAAAUCAACUUGUCAACGAAGGAGAAACGAACGUUAAUGACGUUACGCAAAGUACUUCCAACAACAUUGACGAUGCUAUGAAUCCUCCUGCCAACAUCAACGAUGGCAAAUCAAUCUACCUCAACCCAAAUGGUGACACACUGUCUCCUGGCGAGCAAAGUUCUAGGAAAAGCAUUGAUCAAACCCAAUAAUCUACCUCAUGAAUAGUAAUAAAGUACAUCACUGUCGUAGUAAAUGUCUCUUGAUCGUCUCCACUUACUCACCAUCCUCCUCGAAUGGAUUAUAGAUGUUCUUUGAAAGCAUCUGGUUCAACUCUUGUUUCACAUACGGAACCUUGUCAGUCACAAUGAACAAAUGGGUAUCAUCCAACUCUUGGAGAACGAUAUCAUUCCUCUCUGCAUCCAUUUGUAAAAUCAAUGCCCUGAUACUCGGGUCACACUGUACUAGCGUUCCUCCUGUUGCAGACACCAUCAGUUACCAAAAUCAAACGACAGAAAAAUA